CCUAAUACUACUCGAACUCCUAUUCCUACUCGGCUACCCCUCUCCUUGCUAACCACGAAACCCAAACCCACAAGAAACCCAACACGACCACUCUACCCCUAAAGCCCAACCCGAAAAUAUACUCAUCAAUCCUUCCCCCUCAAAGAACCUUGUCCGCAAGGUUCUCUUGUCGACCAGUCGCAGAGGACGACGAUGAACGCAGUUGCAGUUCUUGCGACGACCAAACUUGCGUCGCUUCCGGAACUUCCAGUUUGCAGAUCGUCCUAUGUUUUCCUUCCUUCCGAUAACUGGGGCAUGGAUUGCUAGCUGAAUUAUUGGGACUCCAAACUCGGCAUCUUGAGCUGCAGCAUACAAACAAAAUCCUUUGGAAAAAUGGCUAGCGCUUGGGCCAAAUAAAAUUAGGCUUGAUCGGCCUCCAUAAUCAUCAUCUUGGUCCCAUGAAAAUUUCCUUCUUGUGUGUUUAAUUUGAGGGAUAAGUAGUGGGCUAUGCAAACCCAAGCUACCAAAAUCCAAACAUCCAUCCGGUGCACGCGGCAUCGACGACGGCCUUUCAAGCGAACCCAAAAAGUUUCGGUUUCCACCAACAACACUGCUUCUAUUGGUCCCUGCUCCAUCCUCGAUCUCCUCCUUCUUACAGCUUCCAGAUUGGUAGGUGAGAGCCUCAUCGAGGUGGUUGGGUUGCAACCUCUUCAAGAAUUGUUCAAACCUGUCGCAGGCUCCCUGGAAGCGUUUGCCCGCCUCCUUCGACGUGACUUGUAUCUCAAGGGCGCGUCGGAGCAGAUUGUCGGUUGUGCCAGGUCACGGACCAUGACACCCUCCCUGUAGUAAGCGUAACCUGGCUCAGAAACCAAAUGAUGAACCAUAACCCACGAUUCAAGGGUUUUGCUUGUAACUCACAAGCAAGAGAACGACGUAGGUGUCGAAAAACCUUUUAGUUUAUUGAUUGGAUACCCGGAAAUAAUGUCAAACUUACAUAUUUAUAUAAGAAAUAAACCGAAUACGU